GCAAAGCAGAGAGGUCGUGAAUCAGGGAUCCUCCGGAAAACCCUUCAAACCUGCACCGGGGAAGGACAGAAAUACAUAAAUGAACCAGCAGCUUGGGAGUGAUUUACUCUCGGUGCCGGUUGCCGGAGCCCGCUGUGGAGCCUCUUCAGAUCCGGUUCUGUGACGAGGAGCGAGCCUCCAACCUGCUCCUGAUCUGGAUGAUCUGAUCCAUCUGAGGGGAGGCAGGUGAAAGCGUCCGGGAAGUAACUCUGAGUAUCAAGAUUCAAGAACCACUAUGGACGGCCCAAUCAGUUUGUCAGCGCUCUAAAGCUUUGAAGCUCAAGGCCACAUCUGUCUGGCUCUGAGGAAGCUCCAGACGGAUCGCAGCGCUGAGAGGAGACGGAGGAGAGGAUGAUCUGGGAUCUGAUCCAAUGACCUGCGGCAGGAGCGCAGCAGCGUACAGGCUACAUUAAAAUGGGGCUCCAGGUCUUGCUUCCUGCUGUCAGAGAGUCUGAGGGCCGCUCGCUCAGCCCACAGCCAUGCCUGACGUGAAGCCCCCCCCACCAUGUGACUACCCCUCCUCCGCCUCCCCCUUCGACCUCCUCAUCGACAUGGAGCCCUGCAUAGCCAACCUCCCCCUCUCCCCCGACCCCUUGUCCUCCUCCUUCCCCCGACACAGACCCAGCUUCCCUCACUACCCGGGCCUCCCGCCCUACCCUCUCAUGGCCCGGUGCAACAGCAGCACCCUGCUCACAAACCUGGGACUGAGGUACUGCAGACAGGGCCCCAUGGGGGGGGGGGGUCCAGGUCAGGGGGGGGGUCCGGGCUCCUGCAGCUACACCGCAGGCAACAGGCCUUACAGGAGCAUGGAGAACCUGAACUGGAACAAUGUGGCCGAUUCUGGGCUGUGUGCAUUCAGCGCCGCGCCCUACAGGAGCAUGGACAGUGAGUUUAUUCUACGCUACACCUCCACCAGCCACUGGUAUGAUGGGCCCCCGGAUGGUUCUGUACUGGGGGCCCAUGGGCUGGGACCAAACCAAGAGGGCCUGGCGUUUUACCCUCGACACGGGCUGCCUAGGAAGGACUUACCGCUUUUUCCUCAGCUGCUGUUUCCAGGUGGUGUCGACGAAUGGGAUGCGAGGAAAGGCCUGAGGGAGAAGCUCCGCCUCCAGAGUGCGAGAUCAUCGAUGGAGCCUAUGAAGCCUCUCCCGAUGCGACCUCAGGAGGCUCAUGUGAAUUCAACGCUCUCUGGGUGCAGGCCUCCGUGCACGAUGCGCAUCACGAGCCCCGAGGAUAUCAAGCAGGAAGUCCUGAGGCGCCUACAGCUCCGCAGGCAGAACAGCAGCCCUAACCUGGCUCCCCACAGCGCCCCCUGCAGCCCAAAAGCUGUUAAGACGUCCUACACAACAGACAACAUUACAGGUGGUGGAUCAGACUCAGAGCGACGGAGACCUCCUGCGGGACGGCUGCACAUCCCCACGUUCGAGGAGUUUAAGAGGAUGAGGCAGAAAGAGACUACAGCGGGUUCUGUGGUUUCUGGAAACUCUGGAUUAAAACAAGAAGCAGGAGUUUCAGAGACGAAGAGUAGUGUCUCUGAGUUGAGCUUCAGUGGAGGAAGUAGAGAGCAGGAGGUGGGGGGAGUAAUGAAACCUCCCUGUAGCACUGCAGCUCCCAUCUCUACCUCCAGAACUUACUCUCCCAUCCGCACAGGCCCGUCUCCACGCUCCCCCCUGCAGCCGCUGGCCAGCUCCACCCAGGAGAGAGGCUCCUCUGCUGGGGGAGAGGAUGGGGGCGGCAGGCGGAGGAGGAGCAGUUUGGAACCAGCCGGGUCGGUACCUUUCCCGCCCUACAGGGAACAUUUUGACCGGCCCUCCAGCUGCUGCCCGGCUCUUCUGGACGGGACGGACCUGUCCAGCUACGGAGCGAAGAUCUACAAGAUGAAGGACGGACUGAUCGGAUCUGCGCUGGACCUCAUCAAGAAGAGCUGCAGUGCAGAGAUCUCCGCCGAGGCCCCCGUCAGGCUGUCAGGUGACCGGGACGGAGGCUGUGACAUCACCGCCCCCCCGUCCGACUGUCAUCCCUCCGCGGUUGCCAUGGCAACGUCGGCGACGGCCCGCGGAGCCGAGCCUGGCGACGAGACGCCUGCAGGAGGAGGAGGAAGAGGAAGAGAGGAAGCAGGAGAAUGCCACGCCGCUCUGGGCUGCAGGCGCUCCAGCUCGGACGCAGCCUAUGAGCUGGCGGAGACGGUGAGGGCACAGCGAGAGUGUCGCCUCCGGCCGCACUACAGCGACCCCAUGCCGGCCGACGCCUCCAAACGCAAACAGCUGGAGAUGAAGAUCGCUGCGGCCGCUCGACUCCACGGCCACCGGAGGGACCGAGACCGAGACAGGGACAGUGCUCCAGCAGCACUGCGCGGUCGCUCUGAGCCCCCAGGUGAGGAGCGUCAGGUGGGUCUGGGGGUGGCCCGGUCGGGGCAGCACCGCUGGAGCACCAUCAGCAGCCUGAGCGUGGACAGCGGGGUGGUCGGCCUCAGCGACGAGCGCGAGGAGGAGAUGGACAGCGAGCCGCGAAGGUACCGCCGGACCCGCGGGGCCGAGGUGGAGCGGGUCGACAGCGGCAUCGGGCCAGGGCUGUCCCGCACCUGGAAGAGACCCUCGGCAUCCCUCAGAGCCUGGGAGGCGCAGAGACCCUGCCCCGACUGUGGGCUGCGGGACGGGGCCUCCAAAGAGCGGGGGGAGCGCAUGUGUGACCGCUGCUCCAAGCUGCGCACCGAGAGGAAGGAAGCCAUCCUGGAGUUCCUGAACACGGAGCAGAGCUACGGAGAGGACCUGCGCAUCAUCAAGGAGGAGUUCUACGGGCCGAUGCAGAGCGCCGCCCUGCUGACCCCAGAGCAGCUGAGCGUGGUGUUCAGCAACGUGCAGGAGCUCAUCGACGUCAACGACCGCUUCACAGAACACCUGCAGGACAGCAUCGACCAGGCCUUCGACCAGGGAGAUGAAGACCUGCUCACGGUGAACAUAGGAGAGAUCUUCCUGGAGUUCGUCAACAUGCUGCCGGCCUUCCAGACGUACUGCCUGCAGCAGCCCACCUCCGUCAACCUGCUGAACGCCCUGGAGAAGGAGAAGGAGCUGCUCAGGAUCUUCCUGGAUGUUUCCCAGAACGACAACACCGCGCUGCGUCGUAUGAACCUGCGCUCCUUCCUCAUGGCGCCCCUGCAGCGUGUGACCAAAUACCCGCUGCUCCUGAGCCGAAUCAUCAAGGUCACCCCCGAGUGCUACCCCGACUACUCCCGUCUCCGCGAGGCCAAGAGUCGCGUGGAGUCCCACCUGGAGCACAUCAACAUGAAGACCAAGCAGGAGGGCAACGGCGUCACCUGGUCGCUGCGCUCGUUCCGCCGCGACAGCCGCAAGAACCGCGAGGUCAUCAACAUCGAGAUGAGGGAGGUGUCCAUGAAGACGGUGGGCUGGGCGAGAGAAAACACCCGAUUCGUGAUGGAGGGUCCGCUGCAGCUGUCCCAACCGGCGGACGGGCAGUGGGUGAAGAAGGGCAGCAAGGCGCUCAAGUUUCAAAACGUCCAGAGUCUCCUGAUGGUGAGGAUACAGCGGGCCGGAGAAGCCCCAGGACAAGGCAGCGAUUUGGGGGCUCGGGGGGAUCAGGGAGAGGGUGGAGGGGACUGUAUUCGAGAUGGAGUUCUGGUUAUAAUCAAGGAUAAAAGCAGCGGGAAGUUCACGGUGCUGAGAGAGCCGAUCCGCCUGGGAAACUGCGUGGUGUCCACAGACCCAGACUGCGAGGACACGUUCGAGGUGCUCGAUAUUCGGCGGGAAUCUUUCGUUUUUCGCGCCUCGGACAAAUCCCGCACCCAGCAGUGGUUCCACCAGAUUAAGAGAUACACUCGAGAUUUGGGCACGUGGAGGAAAAGACGCAACGCUUUGCCCAACAUCAUGAUCAACACGAACCAGACGCGCUCCUGAGAAUAACUUUGCUACUCUGUAAAUAACCCUUCUUACUGCGAACUGACAACGAGAAGUAUUUCUGAGUGUUAAAACAUGUUAGAUUUCAGUUAAAAAAAGAAAAUCUCAAACUCACCGAAGAGCACUUUUUACUUACAAAGCUACAAGUGCGCCAUACUGUCAAAAAAAUGAUGUGUGAAGAUUUCAAAGAAGAUUCUUGGACUACCAAAAAAACUUGGGCUGUGCUCGUCAGCCUUGAUUGUAAAGACUGUUUGCUCCUGGAGAAAUGAGCUCUGUGCUUUCAUUGAAAAAAAGAAGGUGUGUCUGUUGAAAAGCACGACUGAAAAUGGCUGAAAAGAAAAAUUGUAAUGUAAUUUCUUUUUUAUACAAGGCGUAAAAUGGGGGAAAUGUUUGUUUUUGGUAAUGUAGAGAUGGAGCUUUGUUCAGUGGUUUCUGUUUGUGUUCACUGCCCUCUCCUGUCUGUGUGCCGCCCUCUAGCGUCCGUCGGCGGUACUGCAACGUUCACUGCCAGAGAUGCAGCAGAGCAAACCUCCUGUGUGUUUAACAAGAACUCAUAACAGCAAUAAUCUCUGCCAGUUAUACAAUGAGUAGCUACUGUACAUGCAUUUAUUAUCCCAUCGUUUCCUUCGUCAGAGUCUUACAACUGAUCAUGUAUGUUGGCGUCAUUAACUUCAUAAUAACCCUGACCUGAUAAUCUUUUUUUAAAAGCAGUUUAUGGGCAGUCUAGUCAAUCUCCUUUAACAGUUUCCUGUUAACAUCAUGGCACAAAGUCAAACACUGCAGUUUUUUCACUGUGUGUCGAGCGCAGAGAUUUUCAACCUUGCUUUCAUGCACUAACCAAGACAUUGGACAGAUAUAUUGAUAUGUGUUUGAUGUAUUUGUACGGCUUGCAAAAAUAAUUUAUUUGCCUUUUAUACUAAUCUGAUAAAUCGGUCAAAACAUUGAAAAUAUAAAGGCUGAAAAAUGCCCAGACCCUGAGAACAGUCUGGUCAUUUCCUGUAUUGUUUAUUAAAAACUGCAAAUUAUAAUCAAGAACGUGAAGGGAAGAGGCACAUUUACAUUAAUUAUUUAAACAGUUAGUCAUCAAAGUUAUUGAUUUUGUGUCAAUUAACAAAUCUAGCAGUGCUUUAUGUAUUUAUUACUAUUAUUCCAUGGAAUGCUCUUAACAUCCCGAUAGCAAUGAAUAUAUGAAAUGCUUUGACAAUAAAUACAUUUAAAAAAAAAAAUGUGUGGAAGCCGUGGCGCUGUAAAAAGCACGACCAAUCAUCUGAGCCGGCCCGGCUAAAGUAACUGGAUGGCCUACCUGCCUGUCAGCCUUCCAACUGUGCACAAACUUACCUCGUGCCCUCAUUGGUCAUGUGCGCGUUCGUGUGUGUUGGAGGAGGGGCUCUGUGAGGAAGUCUGAAGGAAGUGGCAGAUUUAUUUCGGCUGCGUACUUUCAAAUUCUAGCGCACUCGAGCUGGUUUCUCCAUUCUUACCUACCCUACCUUUAAGUACAUUUAGUUAAAAUUAAAUAGAUAAGGUUUGAAAUGUCACACAAUGACUCUAUUCCCAUUAAGCAAAUUGGCACCGCAAUAAAUCUCCCCACCAUUUUAAGGUUGAAAAACUCUGCUUACUUGACUUUAAAAAUAUAUCUCAACCAUCUGGUUCCAGCACGGUGUGAUUUUGUGACCUAGCGAUGAGCUGUUGUGCCUUGGUACUUAUUACUGUUAUUCUAAAAACGUACUGAAUAUUUGCAGCCUGUCACAGUAGCAUUUACCUCCGACAUGCGGACCACACUGUCGGCACUUCACUUUACAGGCAAUAUAAUUACUCCUCUGACCCUGGCUGCUUUUCCUCUCUUAUUUUACUGCUUUUUAUUUAUUUAUGAAGGCUUUAUUUUUGUUUAAUGCACUUUAUUAUAAGUCAGUACUUACGCAGUCUUGUUUAUUCUCAAUUCUUUAUACAAGAAGGGAUUUAUUAGCUGUUUUCAGCCGGUGGAGACAAGUCAUCAAACCAAAACCACCUUUUAAGACUGAAACUGUUUUACGUUAUUGAUGAAGUAGCACUACAAGAGGUAGCGAAUCACUGUGUUUCGGAGGGCAGGGAGCUCAGAUUAAAAACCAAGCCUGCAUUCGGUUUCUUUUGUUUUCCUCAUUUAAAAGACCUGAUGUAUUAUUUCCCCAAUGUAAUAUAUUGUGAAAUAUAUUAAAAGAUUUUAAACAUGA